ACAAUCAAAUCAGCACACAGCAGCAGAAAGUAGCAGCAACCUUUUGGCUUUGGUCAUUUAUAGUAGCUGGUUACUGGUAGCAGAAUAAGCAGUGCAGAACAAGGAAUGUUAAACAUGAAUAUUGUGAUUUGUUGAAGCUAAGCUUAAGGCUCUUUGUUGUUCUUGUUGUUGGUGUUAUAAUUAUUUUUGCAGCAACCUUCUGGUGCUUCAAUUUUCAAAUCCCUCCACUUCCUCCUCAAAUUCUUUUACCACCAACCUUCUCUCUCUUAAAAUCACUUGUUCUCUCUCUGGUUGCUGCAUCAUUUUCUUGAUCUAAUCAAAUCAAUCUGAUUUGAUUGGACGUCGAGAAAUUAAUCCUCUCUCAUAUUCUUCUCCUUUUCUUCUUUUGUUUUUCUUUUUAAUCAUGGAGACAUCGGAGAAUUGCAGUGUUAAAGUUGCAGUUCAUAUUCGUCCGCUUAUCGGCGAUGAACGUGUUCAAGGUUGCAAAGAUUGUGUCUCCGUUACGACUGGGAAGCCUCAGGUGCAAAUCGGUACUCAUUCUUUUACGUUUGACCAUGUAUAUGGAAAUGGUGGUUCUCCAUCAUCUGCUAUGUUUAAAGAAUGUGUUGCUCCACUUGUUGACGGAUUGUUCCAGGGUUAUAAUGCUACUGUACUUGCAUAUGGUCAGACAGGAUCAGGCAAAACACAUACAAUGGGAACUAGCUUCAAAGAUGGUUGCCAAACUGGAUUGAUUCCACAAGCAAUGAAUGCUCUGUUCAAUAAGAUUAAGACAUUAAAGGAUCAAACCGAAUUCCAGUUACAUGUGUCCUUCGUUGAGAUUCUAAAGGAAGAAGUGAGAGACUUGCUGGAUUCUGAAUCUGUGAGCAAAUCAAUGGUUGCUAAUGGACAUGGGAAAGUUGCUGUUCCUGGGAGGCCUCCAAUACAAAUACGUGAAUCGUCAAAUGGAGUUAUAACGCUAGCAGGAUCAACUGAAUUAUCUGUCAGUACAUUACAGGAAAUGGCUGCUUGCCUGGAGCAAGGAUCAUUAAGUAGGGCAACAGGAAGUACAAAUAUGAACAACCAGUCCAGUCGGUCGCACGCAAUAUUCACGAUCACAUUGGAACAGAUGCGCAAACCGCAUUCAGUUUCUCCUGUUAAUGACACUCCAGAUGAGGAUAUGGGCGAAGAGUAUUUCUGUGCUAAGCUCCAUUUGGUUGAUCUAGCUGGAUCUGAACGAGCGAAGAGAACUGGUUCGGAUGGUCUUCGUUUGAAAGAAGGUAUUCACAUAAAUAGGGGGCUUCUGGCACUUGGUAAUGUCAUCAGCGUGCUUGGGGAUGAAAAAAAGCGAAAAGAAGGAGUGCAUGUUCCUUACCGAGACAGUAAACUGACACGACUCUUGCAGGAUUCACUAGGUGGAAACAGCAAGACUGUUAUGAUAGCUUGCAUCAGUCCUGCUGACAUCAAUGCUGAGGAAACUCUCAACACUCUCAAAUAUGCAAAUCGUGCUCGAAAUAUUCAGAAUAAGCCUGUUGUUAACCGAGAUUUAAUAUCCACUGAGGUGCAACAGAUGCGCCAACAGCUGAAGUACUUGCAAGCAGAACUUCGUGCUCGGGGGAGAGGAGCUCCAUCAGAUGAAGUCCUGAUGCUGAAUGAAAGGAUUGCUUGGCUCGAGGCUGCAAAUGAAGAUCUUUCUCGAGAACUUCAUGAAUACCGCAGCCGUUGUGCUGUAGUAGACCAGUGUGAAAUUGAUGCCCAAGCACAAGAAGGCCAUGCCUAUUUUGCAAAAAGUGAUGGACUUAAAAGAGAUUUUCAGAGUAUGGACUCAUCUGACUAUCAGAUGGGUGAAUCCAUAUCAGGUGAAAGUUCUGAGGAAAUUGAUGAAGCAGCAAAAGAAUGGGAGCAUGCACUUAUGCAGGGUACCAUGGAUAAACAAUUGAAUGAGUUAAACAAACGCUUGGAGCAAAAAGAGUCUGAGAUGAAACUUUUUGUGGAGGUUGACACUGAAGCUUUGAAACAGCACUUUAGGAAGAAAAUCAUGGAACUUGAGGAAGAGAAGAGAAUUGUGCAGCAAGAGCGGGAUCAUUUGCUAGCUGAAAUUGGGAAUCGUUCUGCUAAUUCUGAUGGACAAACACAGAAAACAAAUGAUUUUCAUUCACAGAAAUUAAAAGCGCUUGAAGCACAGAUUUUAGAUCUUAAAAGCAAACAAGAAAACCGGGUUGAGCUUUUAAAGCAAAAACAAAGAAGUGAUGAAGCAGCAAAGAGAUUGCAAGCUGAAAUACAGCAAAUCAAGUCACAAAAGGUUCAGUUGCAGAAUAAGAUAAAACAAGAGGCAGAACAAUUUCGACAAUGGAAGGCCUCAAGAGAGAAGGAAGUGCUACAGCUAAGAAAGGAAGGCAGGAGAAAUGAGUACGAGCGACAUAAACUUGAAGCAUUGCAUCAAAGACAGAAACUGGUUCUUCAAAGAAAGACAGAAGAGGCAGCAAUGGCUACAAGAAGGCUAAAGGAUCUGUUGGAAGCUCGCAAGUCUUCAAUACGUGAGAACUCAGUUAAUUCAAAUGGACAUACAUCACCUCUGCAGGGCAACGAAAAAUCUUUACAAAGGUGGCUUGAUCAUGAGAUAGAAGUGAUGCUGAACAUCCAUGAAGUUCGUUUCCAGUAUGAAAAACAGAGACAAGAACAAGCUGCACUGGCAGAGGAGUUAGCCUUGUUGAAAGAAGUAGAUCAGUUUGGUCAUAAUGAGUGUAGUCAACAAAAAGGGAAGAAUGGAUGUUCUAGAUUAUUUUUGAUGUCACCAAAUGCAAGAAUGGCGAGAAUAGCUUCUCUAGAGAAUAUGCUGAACUUAUCUUCCAAUGCAUUAACGGCAAUGGCUUCACAACUUUCGGAGGCAGCAGAUAGGGAGCGUUCCCUGCUUGGUCGUGGACACUGGAACCAAUUACGCUCAAUGGGAGAAGCUAAAAACCUGCUUCAGUAUAUGUUCACUGCUGCUGCUGACGUGAGGUUCCAGUUGUGGGAUAAAGCUAUGGAAAUGAAGGACCUGAAAGACCAGCUGAAUGAGCUUGUAAAUCUACUGCGACAAAGCGAGGCCCAGAGGAAGGAACUUGUAAAGGAGCAAAAGAUGAGGGAACAAGCUGUUGCUAUUGCCUUAGCUACGUCAGCUUCGGUUUCGGGUAACUCACGCAGUUCAUCUAAGCACUAUGCUGAUGAUACGAGUGGUCCUCUGUCCCCAAUUUCACAUCCAGCGGCAAAGCAACUAAAAUUUACACCUGGGAUUGUUAACGGGUCUGUCAGAGAGUCCGUGACCUUCCGAGAUCAGACACGGAAGAUGGUACCAGUUGGGCAAUUGCCAAUGAAGAAACUGGUAGCUGUUGGGCAAACCGGAAAACUCUGGAGAUGGAAGAGAAGUCAUCAUCAGUGGCUGCUUCAGUUCAAAUGGAAAUGGCAGAAGCCAUGGAAGCUCUCAGAAUGGAUCAAACACAGUGAUGAGACGAUAAUGAGAUCAAGACCUCGACCACAGGCCGUCAUUGAUGCAAUAUGACUGCCUGCUUCAAUUUCACCAGUUUUCUAACCGACAUGAUUGCCAUAAAUGAUCCAACACGUGGCUGAUUGAGAUGAAGAAUGAAUGCAGGCAUGUUAUGUCUUAUUGGGAAAUGAAGUACUGUGGCUGAUGCUGUGCUGUUCUUGCACUGGACUGGUAAUUCACCCAUCCAAGUAUCUUGGCUCUUAUGUUUUCUGGAAAAUGGCAGAUUGGUCGAAUGACCAGGAAUCAUCAAGUACAGCAGAAGGUGUUGUUCAUGUUUGUAGAUUGUUUUUCUAUUAAUUUUGGUGUUUUUGCCAUGACGAUUGAUGGAAGAGGAAAUUAUUCAACCUGUGUAUAAGCUGUGUAGAAGGUGUUUCCAUUCUUCUCUCUGUAUAUGUUAUGAUUUUAUUUGUUAUAUAUUAAACAGUUAUUUUUCAAGCUAUAAUGACAACCUUUUUUAGAUUAGUCUUUGUUACAAUGUUAAACAGGUAGCUUGUAAUAGCAGUAUUACUGCUCUUGAGACGGACCUAUUGGCUAUUGUUUUACUGAACUUUCCAGUCUAUAAUUUUUACCCUGUAGAAAUUAAACAAUGUUUGAUUGAA